UCUAACGGCAUUUCUGGCCUAAUUUGGCAGGUCUUUUGGCUUCCAAGCUCAGCUAAAUUUUGGCCAACCUGGAAUUCCUGGCUUGUUUGCUAGCCUUCCAAGCUUCUUCAACGACGCCGGGUCCGAUUGAAAAAGGCUUUUGACUGAUUGUCGUCGUCUUAUUGAUUGUGGUGGUUCUCGCCGUGGUUUAUCUUGACUGAGUGAUCUCCUCCUCAUCGCCUUGAUUGAGGUCGGCCGGGAUCAUGGGUGAUACGGAGAUGACCAAUAACGUGUCGGAAGAUGACCGGAAAUUGUUCGCAGGUGGUUUGCCCCAAGAGACCACGGAAGCCGAGCUCAAAGAGUAUUUCGGACAAUUCGGUACGGUAGCUUCGGUGAAUAUCAAGAUGGACGCCAUGACGGGUCGGAGUCGCGGGUUCGCCUUUAUUGUUUACGAGGAUGUGAGCUCUCUGGACAAGGUGCUCAAAGACGAGUUCCACAACUUUAAGAACAAGAAGGUGGCCGUGAAAAAAGCGGCUUCCAAGCAGGGCAAGAUCUACGUGGGCAAGUUCAACACACCAAUUACGGAAGACGAAAUUAAGCAGCAUUUCAGCCAGUACGGCAACGUGGUCGAGGUGCAACGACCCGUGGAUCGCAGCAAAAACAACGAACCCAAGAACUUCUGCUUCGUGACCUUCGAGAAGGAAGAGACAGCCAACACCCUGCCUGCUGUACCGUACAUCCGCCUUGAAUGA